AUGUCUUUUGAUUCCUCCCCUAACGUCUUUUCUGCACGAGAUAUCUUCAAACGCUGCGUCAAAUGUGAGAGCGCAGCCCCGUCAUGUCCCGCCUGCGAUGAAGGCUACACAUGCACCAUGAUCAGUCAGUCCUGCGACCAAUGCGCCACUACAAAAUGCAUCCGAACAUCCUCCAGCAGCUCGUCCUCGUCCGGCAACAGUGGUUCGUCAGGCGGUAGCAAUGCCGGCGCUAUCGCCGGUGGUGUUAUCGGUGGUCUUGCUUUUGUUACAAUCGUCGUCGGCUUGGUCUGGUGGUUCUACAUGCGCAAGAAGAAGAACAGCAACGAGUACAGCUUGGGUGGAACCAGCACACAGGAGAAACGCGGUGCCAACGCCCAAGGAUCCAGGAAAUCCACCGGCUCCAUUGCUUCCACCGUCCUGACUCGCGCUUCGAAUGUCAUUCAGAUUGCCUACAUCCCUGGUGUGACCAACCGCUCCCCACCAGACACGCCCUCGCUCGUGCCACCCGUUCCUCCGCUCCCCGGUGCGGCUCCCGAUCAACACUUUUUCAUGCCAGGUGAUUUGCGCGACUCGUCGUUCACUGAAAUGUCCAAUGAUCGUCGCAGUGGUGCGCCGAGUGUCUCUCCUAGCUUGCGCAGCAGUGUGGCUACCACCAUCUACCGCAACAACGCCAUCGUCAGCCCGAUGCCCGCCCAGCAAGCCAUGCUCACCCGUGCCGCCGUCGUCAGCAUUCAUGGAAACCAGCCUACGCAGACGGCUGCCAUCACUCCCCCUGAUGCGCCAGCGGUGCCUGCCAUUACGCCGGCACAGCUUGCCAAGGCAGGUGUUACCGAUGCAAACAACAACGGCGACAACAACAACAACAGUUCCAUUGUGGCACGGCCAAUGAUGGCUAAGCCUGUUAUGGUGAAGACCGUGGGUGGAAAGAAGAACAACAACGCUACUCCAGCGGUCCAGACCAUCGAGGAGCAAUCUGAAGCCAGCUCGAGUGCGCCAGUUUCUCGCUCCGCCAGCACCAAGAAACAAGCCGAUCCUGCCGCUUCGGGCUUUGACGACAGCUCUGACGAGGAAGACGAACCUUCUGGCAAGACUGCCAAGGCCAAAUCCACUGAGAAACCACCAACGGUGGCUGAAGCUCCGGAAGAGCAAGGUCCAUUUACGGACCGUGCGUCGACUCACCUGGAGACCAACGAUGGGCCCGGAUCGAACCGCAGCAGCAGAACACCACCUGCACGAGUUGAAAGUCCAUUUUCCGACGCAAAUGAAGUGCGAUGA